UAUGCUUUAGUAAUAGUUAUUCAUGGAUGGCUGGUCACUUUGCAGAUCUCAUUGCUACCUGCAACAGUGAGAGAACUCACCCACCUGACAGAAUUUUAUCUCUAUGGGAACAAGUUGACUACACUUCCUGUGGAGAUAGGGAGUCUUGUGAAUUUGCAGACUCUGGCUCUCAGUGAAAAUUCCCUCACAUCCCUUCCAGAUUCCUUGGCCUCACUUCAGCAUCUGAGGCUGCUGGACUUGCGGCAUAAUAAACUCAAUGAGAUUCCUGAAGUUGUGUACAGGUUGACUUCUCUGACAACACUCUUCCUUCGUUUCAAUCGUAUUCGAGUUAUUGGUGAUGAAAUAAAAAAUCUCACUAAUCUGACAAUGUUGAGCCUGAGGGAAAACAAAAUUCGGGAGCUACCUGCUGGGAUUGGAAGGCUGACUCACUUGGUGACGUUUGAUGUAUCCCACAACCACCUGGAACAUUUACCCCCUGAGAUUGGUCGUUGUGCUCAGCUCUCCACAUUGGACCUUCAGCACAAUGAGCUGUUGGACAUUCCUGACACCAUCGGGAACCUCAAGCAGCUAACUCGUCUGGGUCUAAGGUACAACCGCCUUACAGCAAUCCCCAAGACCCUGAGCAACUGUGUUCAGAUGGAUGAGUUCAACGUUGAAGGCAAUGCUAUCUCCAUUCUUCCAGAUGGUCUUCUGGCUAGCCUCAGGAAUCUUUCCUCCCUGACACUAUCAAGGAAUUCCUUCUUGUCAUAUCCUACAGGAGGACCAGCACAGUUCAUAAAUGUCCAUUCCAUUAACAUGGAACACAAUCAGAUUGACAAGAUCCCUUAUGGAAUAUUCUCCCGUGCCAAGAAUCUAACCAAGCUGAACAUGAAGGACAACCUCUUGACAUCAUUACCUCUUGAUAUCGGUUCAUGGGUGAACAUGGUUGAGCUAAAUUUAGGAACAAACCAAUUGACAAAAGUUCCUGAUGACAUCCAAAAUCUUCAGUCCUUGGAGGUCCUUAUUCUGUCAAACAACUUGCUCAAGAAACUACCAUCAAGUAUUGGAAAUUUGAGGAAGCUGCGCAACCUUGACCUAGAAGAAAACCGCCUGGAAUCUUUGCCAAAUGAGAUUGGAUUCCUUAAAGAUCUUCAACGGCUAGUACUUCAAUCAAAUCAAUUGACUUCUCUUCCCAGAGCCAUUGGACACUUGACAAACUUGACGUACCUGAGUGUGGGAGAGAACAACCUGGCCUUCCUCCCUGAGGAGAUUGGGACACUCGAUAAGUUGGAGUCUCUCUAUGUCAAUGACAACCCAAACCUCCACUCACUUCCAUUUGAGUUGGCCCUUUGCACAAGCCUACAAAUCAUGAGCAUUGAGAAUGCUCCUCUUUCACAGAUUCCCCCAGAGAUUGUUGCAGGUGGUCCAUCCCUUGUCAUACAGUAUUUGAAAAUGCAAGGACCCUAUAGAGCCAUGUGAAGAAACUAGGACAUUAGUUGGGAGAACUAGAGAUGUAUCUGGAUUCACAGAGAGCACA